GGCGAUGCUCACUUGUCUCCACACCCAAAACAACAAUCAUGGCGGACCAUGUUGACGAGUUCACUCUUGAAUCCGUCAGGGAUUUUAUGAUAUCUCGGGGUGGAAGAGUGACGAAUCAUGAAUUAGUGAAACAAUUCAAGGUUUAUCUGACAAAUCCUUCGUGCAAAGAAAUUGCUAGGAAUAAGUUCAAGCAGUAUGUCAACACACUCGCAAACAUCAGCCAGGAAGGGGGCGAGAAGUAUCUGGUCCUCAAGAGAAAAUUCCGAGUGGGAACGCCUCUGUCCGAGUCCGAGUACCUGAGUCCCAACAACUCGCCCUUGGCGCCUCGCUUCGCCAGCCCUGGGAGCCAGUACAGCAUCUACGGCACGCCACCGCACCCCGCCGGCGCCUUCAGUCCUCAGGCCUUCAGCCCCUCCACGCCCCCGCCGCUCCCGCCCUCCUACAGGACGACCCCGCCGUACAGGGCGCCGCCGCCUUACAGGCCUCCGCCCGCGGCGCCGCCCACGCACCCGGGCUACUCGGAAGAGGUUCCCUAUGGCGGGGACGACCGGAGGCGGCCGCCCCCGCCGCACUUCAACGGGCGCCACCAGGGCGGGGGGGACCCAAGAUACCCUGGGGAGCCUGCGGUCUACCCGGGCCCUGAGGAGCAGCGGUACCCUCCCGUGGGCGAGACUCGCUACAACGAGAUUCCAAGGUACCCGUACGACGAGCCCGCGGACCUGGGCAUCCCGCCCGCCCCACAGGUCGCCAGGACGCACAGCUCGCUCUCGUCGUACUCCAGCUCGUCGGGGUCGCAGCUGGCCCCGGCGGCGCCCUACGCCAACUAUGGCGGCCCCCCACCCCCGCUCACCCCCCUUGCCCCCUCCCGCCCCAAGUCCCUACCAGUUCAGCCGAUGUCUUCCGUUGCCUCUCCCUCCGAAGAUGGCUCCGCGUCCGGCGGCGACGACGUCACCUCCGCCGCCACCACCGCGUCGUCGGCGUCCACGCCCUCGGCCGACGAGCCGCCGCCGCCCGUGCCGCCCAGGAAGCGGCCCGGCGACGACAAGGAGAACCGGAGGCCGUCCCCGGAGGGCGAGGAGGCCCGGGCCAAGGUCGUGGGCGGCACUAACGGCGAAGGCAGCGGUGACGCAGUGGACAAUGGCAGCGUAGGCGGCGGCGGCGGCGGAGGCGCUACGGAGGACGAGCGGAAAGUGUCGGUGAGGGAGGCCACGCAGAGGUUCAACCGAAUGGCCUCCGAGUCGCAGCUCAUCUCCUCCCGCGCCUCCUCCAAGAGCAACCGCAGCUCACGGAGCGAUAGGGACGACGAUGACUCCUCUUCAAUUCACUCGUACGGUCCAGAGGGUCAGGAGUGGAUACUUGCCGCGGCGAAGAGCGACUUCAACGAGAUACUCCGGUUGCUGAAGAUCCACCCGACGCUCGCCAAAUACAAGGUAGGCCGAGGGUCCGACUUUUCUUGCCCUUUUUAAUUAAGU